AUGGAGAUUACCUUUGACCAUGAGGCGCCACGCUUCUCCAACAUGAGGCGUCGCUCAUCCCGAAAGGACUCUGACCUCAAUGCAGUCGUUGAUGUGAGGUACACUGGUGGAAUGAGGAUGCUCCUGGUUCUCGAAGUGGGGGGCGGAAGGUGGAGGCUGAAGGUGCCAGUGGUGGUAUCUGAUCUGGACCUGGAAUCUGCUCUGUGGUUCAAAGUUCGUCUUGCACCACUGUCUCCCUACAUUGGAACACUCUCGUUUGCAUUUGUGGCACCGCCGAACAUCCAAGUGCAACUGGCCCCCUACAACCGGAUCCAACUAAUGAGGACACCAGGCUUGCAGAACUUCUUGACCAGGUUCUUGACAGAGGAUCUGCCAGGCAUGAUGGUGCUUCCCAGGAGAAUCGAAGCAAACAUACCUCCUGCAGUUACAGCUGUUGCGGAGGCUGCAGUUGGCCGCGAUGCUGUCAUGCGUGCUGUGGCAAGCGCUGUGCUGCAGGCUGAUGCUUUGGAAUACUCCCUGCACGCUGCUCUCCCUUUGGGGCCUCAAAAGCCAGCUGGUGGAGUGUCCUUGCCUGAGUCCUUCCAGGGUGAACUCACAGUGAAUCUGCAAGAAGGUCGCGACCUCCCUGUCUGGGGCUUCCCAUGGCAGAGCAAUCCUUUCUGCAGGUUGGUUUUGGGCAAGCAAGCGCUGCUGAGCAAAAAGGAGAAUGAGACGAGCUGGAAAGGGAGCCACAGGGCACCCCUCUGGAACCAAGAGUUUGAGCUGCUUGUUGAGGAUUUGGAUACGCAGGUGCUGGAGGUGUUCAUCAUGGAUUCACAUAUGACUGCACGCCCUGACGUCGGUAAAGUGGUGUUGCCACUGGCAAGGCUUCGACCCGACGAGUGCCUGAGUGUAUGGUUGCCUGUUCUCCCUAUUAAUGCUGGUCAACAGGCCCAAGGAGAACUCAAACUGGACUUGACAUACAGGCCCUUCCAGGAUGACACUUAUGAUUCUGGUUACCGUGAGGCUGAGGCAUUCCAGCAAGAGCUCCAGACCAUCACAGAUGUGAAGAGUGCUGCUGCCGCGACCUCCAGGGCGGGGGCAGCGGCUUCUGCUGCCUUUGAGGCCGUUGCGAUGGCAAGAGCAGCAGCCGCACGAGCUGCCAAUCGGGCACAGAAGGCUGCCAUGAUGGCGACCAACAUGGCGCUGACCGGAAGCCGUGAUGGGGAGGAGGAAUAUGAUGAAGAUGAUGACGAGUACGACAGUGACGAAGACGACCUAGACUGGGACCCUGACACAUACGAACCUGGCGAAAUCGAAGUGAAGACAAUCGACUCAGAUGUAUAUCGGCCGGCAGGAGUUAUGGAUGAAGAUGGCGAUGCAGAGGAUGCAGAGGAUAAGGAGGGGGCAGGGGAGGUUUGGGAAAGUGAGCCAAGGACAGGUGGUGAGAGACAGGAAGAGCUAGUGGUUGCUGCAGUGGUCAACGAGGCUUCUGCAGCACUGUCUCGUUAUGAACAAGAUAUUCUGCAGGAGGUGAAGACUGAGCUUGGAGAUGACAGUCCCGAUCUCAUUGCAGCGGUUGAGAUUGUCGAUGAGCAAUUUGCAGAUAAUGCGGCAUUCGGCAAUGUUGUCAAUGCUCCUGCUGGGGAUGCCCCCACCACUGCAACAAAUGAAGGAGAAAAUGGGAAGGUUGCUGUGUCUGGUUCCAAGGACGAACAUGAUUUGGGAAGGCAGAAUGGAAGCUUGCUCACGUUUGAUGAGGAUGAGGAGAGCUGGAUGGAUUCCAACCCUUAUGGAUUCGAUGGUGGCUACGAGACAGGCAGCAUGGAUGGCGGCCAGGCUGCUGCAAGAGAACAGGUUUCCUGGCGGCCUUUGGUGACUGCCAGCCAGGCGAACCUGGCCCGCGAAAUGGCGGGCACCAGUGCUGCUGGCCAUCCAGUCGCUGAUGGUGGCUAUACCGCACAGGUAAAUGGUGGUGGUAAUGGACGUGCAGAUGCUGAAAAUGGUCAAGUGGGAGUGGGAGCAGGCCAUGAACUGCGUCCGGCAACCACAGACGGAUUUGCAUCUGGAACAGACGAUGUGACUGGGCGCCCUGCUCAUGAGCAGGCCGAGGCAAACUCCAGCACCCGUGAUGUCACAGACUUGCUUGCACAGCAGCAACCUUCAACGUCAGCACCGGACAUUGGUGCAAGCGUGGCUACUACGUCCAACUUAUUCGACCAAUCUCGCAGCUUCUUGGAACCUGGCGCUGGCGGGGCAAGCAGCAGUGGCGGGCUGCCUGCAGGAACAGAAUCGCUCCCUGAGGACAUCUUGCCACUUGUAUCCUCAGCUGCUGGGCAAAAGAGGAAGCGUGAGGGAGAACCACAAAGAAAAGGCCCGUGGUGGAGUUUGCUGCGGCGCAUUGGCAGGAGGGCCGACGAUGAGGGGCGUGGCGAGGGCCCUCAGUCGAGUAGGGAGCCAGCAAAGGAAGAGGGGACUAACAACGGGCAGCGGGCGGCAUGGUGGUCAUGGGCUGCAUCGUUGCUCGCUAGGAGACCAGAAAAGGAGCAGCGCCGUCCCCGAAAGAAGAGGCGAAGCAGCAAAGGUCCCAAGCUUGGGAAGUCCAGAAGUAGAAAGCCGCCUGCUGGAAUGGGCAGCGUGGUUGUCCCAAAGGAGGUGCCAUUGGAGGACAUCGCCAGGGAGGUGGUGCGGAUGAAGGAAAAGAAUUCGGAACAGGAGGACGAGCGGAUGGACAGGAUGUACAAUGAAGCUGUGGAGCAGAGCGACAGGAAGUGGGUUAUGUUGCUGUUCUUCUUGUCUGCUGUUUCCGUCGGGCUGCUGAUGAUUGUUGCCUACAGAUUGGACCAAUUCCCCUAG